UGAACUCAAGUCCAGUCCGACGGCAACCUCAGUUCGCUUUCUGUGCUCGAGAGAGUCGCAACGCAGGUGGUCGUCGUUUGCGUUUCAGAAAUACAUUGCUAAGCAGUCAUCGCACCUCGUUGCCGUAAUGGGACUUGUAAACUCAUAAAAACGUAAAUAAAAAUGAAAUAAAAAUUCCAUUCAAAUCAAUUAAAUUCGACGGACCGCGAUAAACAAUUUACGAACUGCGAAAAUAUAUUGUCCCGCGUUGCGUAUACGCAAUACUGAAAGUGAAUGCAAGUGAAUUUGUUCGGAAUUGACAUUGACAUUGAGCUCCUGGUCCCUGCAUCUCGCCAGAUGCCAACUUUGAAGGGCCUGGAUUUUGGGGCCAGAAUGCUGAAGGCGACCGUCAAAGUUUGAGGGACCUGGCUUGAGUUGGCUUGCGAGUUUGCGGUGGUGGCUCCAUUGAAGAAGACAACGACGAUAGACACUUGAAUGGAGCUCGACAAAGACCUAAGGCUUGAGCACAGUCGCCGAUUGUUGCCGGAAGGCGAUGAGCGGCUGUAUUACAUCGAGCCGCAGCAGCCACUGCUGCGGAACGAGGAGGACGACUAUCUGGACUCCGCCUCGCUGGUGUACAAUGUCACCAAGCGGCUGGCGGAGGACGACGGCGGCUCCACCACAACCAUUCCGCUCAAUUUCCCCGAGCUGGAUGAGUCCUUCAACGUGACCAUCCUGAUGAACUUCAGCUGCGACGUCACGGAUGACUCGGAGUCGGGGGAUCUGUGGUCCAGCGUCUACUUCAAGAGCGCCGUCUACCUGCUGUACAUUCCCAUAUUCAUGUUCGCCCUGAUGGGCAACGGCACCGUCUGCUACAUCGUCCAGGCCACGCCGCGAAUGCGCACCGUUACCAACUACUUCAUAGCCAACCUGGCGCUAGGCGACAUCCUGAUGUCGCUGUUCUGCGUGCCGUCCUCCUUCAUAUCGAUAUAUAUCCUCAAUUACUGGCCCUUUGGCAUCGUCCUGUGCCACUUUGUGAACUAUUCGCAGGCGGUCUCCGUGCUGGUCACCGCCUACACCCUGGUGGCCAUCAGCAUAGAUCGGUAUAUAGCCAUCAUGUGGCCCUUGAAGCCAAGGAUCACAAAGAGAUAUGCCAAGUUCAUCAUAAGCGGCGUUUGGUUCAUAGCCCUGGCCACCGCCUUUCCCAUCCCGCUUGUCUCCCGCCUCGUCCAGCCGCCGUCACCCUGGCACCAGAAGUGCGACAAAUACAUCUGCCGCGAAAUGUGGCCGGAGCGGAACCAGGAGUACUACUACACGCUCUCCUUGUUCACGCUGCAGUUCGUCGUGCCGCUGCUGGUCCUCAUCUACACGUACACCCGCAUCGCCAUCCGCGUCUGGGGCAAGCGGCCGCCCGGCGAGGCGGAGACCUCGCGCGACCAGCGAAUGGCACGCUCCAAGCGCAAGAUGGUUAAGAUGAUGCUGACGGUUGUGUUUGUAUUCACCAGUUGCUGGCUGCCCUUCAACAUCCUGCAGCUCCUGCUCAACGACGAGGAGUUCGCCAACUGGGCGCCGCUGCCGUACGUGUGGUUCGCCUUCCACUGGCUGGCCAUGUCGCACAGCUGCUACAAUCCGGUGAUCUACUGCUACAUGAACGCCCGCUUCCGGGGCGGCUUCCUGCAGAUCAUGCACCGGGUCCCCGGAUUGCGGCGCUGCUGCUGCCUGCAUCGCCUCCUGCGUGGCGGCGGGGGCGAGAGCAGCUCGGGAGCUACCGGUGAGAUGGCCUUCAGGCACUAUCACCAUCGCCAAGUCGGCGAUGGGCUGGGGCUUGGGCUGGUCAGGAAACCUAAGAUCCGCAUUAGGAACCAACGGGGAACUGCGUCUGAAUCGUGUGGACACCUGCACCACCUACAUCAGCACAAGGCGAAAGCUACGAGUGAAUUCUAUGCAAGUGAGUCAAUUUUCACAUGCCGAGACGUCAGUUUUGCGGUAGCUUCUCCCCCGGAGGACUCACCUGUUCACCGAGCAGCCACUGUAGGUGUUCAGCCCCACCUAAACGGCAGCUGUACGGAAUUGUGAAGAGCAGGAUAUUAAGGACAACCAAAGAAUCUCCCACGAAACUCGUGUGCGUGCUGUGCGUGUGUGCUGUGUGUGUACGAGUGUCUGUCUGUCUUGUAAGUGUAAGUGU